ACACCGCGGCCUCUCCUGGUCCCCCCCCGCGCGGCCCCCGACAGACACAUUACGAUUCAUCGAGUUAUUGCCGUCCUUUGCGCGAUGGGGCGAAGGAAGAACAGACCCAGAAAUCGGGACAGGAACGAGAGCACUGGCGCCGGAGCCGCUGGUUGGGGAGCUGGCUACCAAGAUAUUAUAAAAGAAAAUGAGUUGUAUGAGAAAUAUUAUAAAGAACUAAAGAUUGUUCCUGUGGAGGAGUGGGAUCAGUUUAUGGCAUCCAUGAGAGAGCCACUACCAGCCACGAUUAGAAUAACUGGAUAUAAAAGCCAUGCAGAGGAAAUUCUGCAGUGCCUAAAAACAAAAUAUUUCAAAGAGUUACAAGACCUUGAAGUGGAUGGACAACAGAUAGAGGCCCCACAGCCCUUGAAGUGGUAUCCAGGUGAACUGGCUUGGCACAUAAACAUCAGCAGAAAGAUGCUAAGAAAGUCACCCGUCUUGGAGAAAUUCCACCAGUUUCUUGUUAGUGAAACUGAAUCUGGAAAUAUCAGUCGCCAGGAAGCUGUCAGUAUGAUUCCUCCUUUGCUGAUGGACAUUAAACCCCAUCACAAGAUUCUUGAUAUGUGUGCAGCACCUGGAUCAAAAACCGCUCAACUGAUUGAGAUGCUACAUUCCGACAUGAAUAUUCCUUUUCCAGAGGGUUUUGUAAUUGCAAACGAUGUUGACAACAAGCGAUGUUAUCUGUUGGUUCAUCAGUCAAAGCGCUUGCACAGUCCGUGCAUCAUGGUCAUAAAUCACGAUGCCUCCAACAUACCCAGACUACAGAUGGUGGAGGCUGAUGGUCAAAGGGACAUUCUCUUCUAUGACAGGAUUUUGUGUGAUGUUCCUUGCAGUGGUGAUGCCACCUUAAGAAAGAACAUUGAUGUGUGGAAAAAGUGGACAACGAGCAACAGCUUACAGUUGCAUGGUUUACAGCAGAGGAUUGUAAUUCGUGGUGUGGAACAGCUGACUGUAGGUGGCAGAAUGGUCUAUUCUACCUGCUCUCUGAACCCCAUUGAGAAUGAAGCUGUGAUAGCAACUGUUCUUGAGAAGAGUGAAGGAACCCUUGAGCUAAUUGAUGUUUCAUCUGAGUUGCCGGGGUUAAAAAGGAUGCCUGGAUUAACGUCAUGGAAGGUAAUGACCAGAGAAGGCCAGUGGUUUGCGGAUUGGUCAGAAGUGCCGGAGAACAAACAAACCCAGAUUCGCCCAACAAUGUUUCCAACCAAAGACCCAGAGAAACUGAAAGCAAUGAACCUAGAGAGAUGUAUUAGGGUCCUUCCUCAUCAUCAGAACACUGGAGGAUUCUUUGUAGCUGUUUUACAGAAGAGAGCUACAAUGCCAUGGAACAGACGGGAACCAAAGUGGAGACACAAAACAGCAGCAGUUGAUGGGGUAUUGGUUGCUGCUACUGAAAAAGGAGAUACUGAAAUAAUGGAUCAAACUAAAGAACCCGAGGACAGUGAGGAAUCAUCUGCUGGUAAAGAUAGAAUUUGUUGCCCACCACCAUCUAAGAAAAUGAAACUAUUUGGAUUCAAGGAAGAUCCCUUUGUGUUCCUCAACGAAGAUGAUCCAAUAUUUCCACCAAUUGAGACAUUUUACCUGCUGCAUUCCUCAUUCCCAAAAUUCAACGUCCUCACUAGGACUCAUGAUGGAAAGAAACGCCACCUCUACAUGGUUUCAAAGGAACUAAGAAAUGUGCUUCUCCACAAUAGUGAACGUAUGAAGGUAAUCAACACCGGAGUCAAAGUUUUAAGUCGCAAUAAUGAUGGGGAGCAGUUUGGCUGUGCCUUCAGAUUAGCGCAGGAGGGGAUCUAUACAUUAAACCCAUACAUUAAUGGAAGAAUCAUAAAGAUUUCUAUUGAGGAUGUUAUGGUUCUAUUGACCCAAGAGAAUCCAUUCAUCGGUAAACUUUCGAGUGAAGCCCAGAAAGUCGCCAAGAAGCUGGUUAUGGGGAGCAUUGUGCUGAAAUAUGAACCGGAUCCAUUAAACACUGAAGGUCCAAAGUGCCCCAUAGUUCUGUGCGGCUGGAGGGGGAAGAAUUCAAUCCGUGCCUUUGUUGCAAAGAAUGAGCGUUUGCAUUACCUGCGCAUGUUGGGAGUGGAAGUUUUCAGAGAGAAGAAUAAGAGCGAGGGGUUACAAAAUGUGACUGCAGGCGCUGAGGAAAAUGAACCAACGGAGAGCAAAUUGAAAGUGGUGGAAGAGGAAGAAGCUGCAGCUGUGGAGAAGGUGAAAGAGGAUCUUGACAGGUGUGAAAAAUCUGAUGAGACUCGAGAAGCCACAGAAAAACCUGGAGAAUGUCUAGAGGAUGUAAAGGAGACUAAGGUGGAAAUUGAGACUGAAGGUGAUGUUACAAAGGAAAUUCCAGAUGCUAUCAAUACUUGCCCAAACAUUGAGAAGUCUAAUAGUGCUGAAGAGACAUCUUCUGAGGCAGAUAAAUUGAAUGUUAAACCUUAAAAAGAGUUGCGGAUCACUGCAUGGACUGAUUGACAUUACAGCACUGACCUUGAGUGGUCCUGUAAUGAAGUGCUCAAUGUCGAGGGCAGAUAGUUUGAAAUGGGGAAUAUUCCCUGAAACACUAGCUGUUCGGUGUACAUGCACUCAGUCCUUUAGACACACGGGCUUCAAACAAUUACUUAAGAUCUGUCGAUCUUUUGCAGGUGUUUAUGAAAAAAUCUCAUAAUUGACCACUUUAAUUUCAGUAAUGUGUCAUCUAAAAGUAACUGAUAUGUUUGGCAGAGGUAUUGCCUUCAUGCAAAAGGUGACCAAUUACUUAUGGCACGUAGAAUAGCUGUCAAUCGCUCACAAGUGAUGCAGUAAAUGUGAUAUACAUUGUUGGAUUGUACAUUUUGCUAACCCUAUCAUGAAGAUUGUACCUCGGCAUUUGCAGUUUCUAACCUAUUUGGUGCCUUUUUAUGCUUCUAGCAGAGCAUUUUUUUUAUAUAAACUUUUGUAAAUCCCUUGCCUUGAAAAUGGCUAAAAGAUUUUACAGUAUGACUUUUGAACCUUUUAUUUUAAAGCUGUUUUAUUUAAAAUUCUGAAAACCAUGUAUUUAAAGCUUACAGAAAUACCAAAAGGGAACUGUUCUGAAUGUCAUCAAAAUUGGUUACAAAUACUGUAAAGAAUAUCCGAUGUCCUGCUGAGAUACCAAUAAAGCAGUGAAUCUUCAAA